AUGGAACCCAUAGAUCAUUUGAAUUCAAAUAUUUUAUAUGUCGGUAGUUGUUCUGAAAAAGAGAAUGUAAUAAAAGAUUUGUUUCUGACAGCUUUAACAACGUCAAUUAAGGAAGUAGAUGAAAAAAAUUACUAUUUAAUUCAAACAUUAAUGAAAUAUGAAAACGAAAUAAACAGAUGUAUUGAUAUGAGUAAUUAUUACAUAAAUGAAGCUCAUUCAUCUAAUUUAAAGUCUGAAAAAGUAAGGCGUAAAUUGAGAAUUCACAUAUACACCAUUUUUAAAGAUGGGGAAAAAGAAAUAAAUUAUCCUUCAGAUAUAAAAUAUGAAGAUUCAGUUAACAUAUAUAAAUAUGUUACUCCGUCAUCAUUUACUUUUAAUAUUCAUGGUUAUAUAUUAAACUCAGAUGAAAAUGAGUCAUGUGAAAAAGAAAAAUCAUCUUUUAAAGGAACCUAUGAGCAUAAUACAGAUAAUUUAGAAAAAAAAUGUGUAAUAACAAAGGAAAUGGAUAAUGAAAAUUCAUAUAGUGAAUUAGAUGAUAUAUCAGAAAAUAAUGAACAUAUUGAUUAUUAUAAUACAAAUGCUAUGAAAUUUACUUCCUUUUUUUCAACUAUAAUGGUUAUAAGGGAUAAAGAAACAAUUAUAUAUGAUAAAAAAAAUAAAAGUUAUUAUGAUUGUGAUAAGUUAACUUUUACUCGAAUAAUUGGUGAAAAAAAAAAUGAAACAAUUAAGAUAUUCCUUUUUUUGGAUCAGAAAGUUCCCUUUUUUGAACUUUCCCCUCAAUUAAAGAAAUUUAUGCAAUCCUCUGAAGAAACACUACCAGAAAUAAUAAAGUGUAUUUAUGAAUAUAGUUUAGAAAAAGAUUUAGUUGAUUCAUGUAAUAUGAAAACCGAUGAAGUACUAAGAGAUAUAUUAGAGGUAGAUGAAUAUGAAUUUUCCGAAUUACCUAAACUUUUGAAGAAACAUAUUUCUAUUCAGAAACCAAUAGUUCUAGAACAUACUAUUGAUUUAGAGAACACUGAGGAAUCAGAAAGUAUAUAUGACAUCGUUAUUGAUACAUUUGAGCCUUACGUAUCUUUUGAGGAUGGUCAUUUUAAAAAAUUUGUUCUUGAUUCUCAUCACUUAACUAAAUUAUUAGAAUUUUUAAAAAAUAAUGAUAAUGAUGAUGUAAUUAAUAAUAAAAUAAACGAAGCUACUAUUUAUGAAUAUAAUAAUAAAAAUUACCAUAAUAAUAAUUGUAAUGAUAAAUCAGGUAAAAAUAAAAAACAAAAAAAUGAAUUUUCUUUGAUUGAAAAAAAUCAAAUUAAUUAUCAAAAAAUUACAAAUGAAAAUAUUGUCUUAAAAGAAAAUCAAGAAAAUGAGAAUAAAAAUAUGGCAGUUAGUAUCAAAAAUAAUAAUCACUUAAUAGAUGGGAAUAAUGAAAGCAUGGAAAAAGGAAAAGAAAAAGAGGAAAAUAUAAAGAUUGAAGAGGAUGAAAAGAAGGAAAAUAAUGAGAAAUAUUUAAAAAAGGAAAACUUUGAAAGUGGACUUAAUAAAAUGAAAGAUAGAGAGAAUGAGAAAGUAAAUUUAAAAAAAAGUGAAGAACAAAUUUAUAAUAAUGAAUGGUAUGAAUUUUUUGAUGAAAAUAAAAAAAAUGCAAAUAUAGCUACUAUGGGAAUAUCGAUAUUCGAAAAAAUAAAUGGAAUUCAAAAAGAAAUAGAUGAUAUAAAUGAAAAAAUUAUAAAUAUUUUAUGUAAAAUUAAACAUAAAAACAGUCUAAGAUUACAUUAUAAACAUUUUUAUGAAAAUCCUUGUGAAUUUAUUGAUUAUAUAAUGAAUAGCAAAUUUUCUGUAGAUUAUGAAAAUAUAAAUGAUAAUAAUUAUAUUUAUGAGCAAGCAGUUAAUAUUAAUGAUGACAAUUAUUAUAAGCUUCCAUGGAUUCAUAGAGGUAUUUCAAAAUAUUUAUUAAUUAAAAAUAAAAAUUUUGAUGAUGUUCUUAAAUCUGUUUUAAAUUCUAUGAAUUUGGAAUAUAAAAGGAAACUAAAUAUUAAUUCAGAUGCAAAUAAAAAGCAAAAAAUGUUUUUAAGAACAGAAAAAGUAGAUCCUCACAAGGGAUAUAUGAAUUACAUUUGUAAUACUCAACAAGAGGUAAAAAAUAAUGCGUAUUAUUAUCCCCUAAAUAAAAAUAUGAGUUAUGCAGAGCCUUUUAAUAGUUCAACUCAAGAUUAUGGUAAUGAUAUGAAUUAUGUAAAUAAUAAUAUUCAUAACCCUAGUUUCAACAUUACUUCAAAUACGUAUGAUAGAUUAACAAAAAAUAUAACUAUUCAAAAUAACUAUAUGCAAAAUAAUGAACAAGAUAGCUUUUGUUCGUAUAACCAGCAGGGUGCAUAUUCUCAAUAUAUGAAUGCCCCUUUUAAUGAAUUAGCUGCUGAAAAUAAUUUGAACCCAAUGUAUAAUAUGGCAUCAAUGGAAAUGUACCAAAAGGAGGGUUUCUAUAAUUCUAAUAAUGUUAUUCCAUAA